AUGAAGGUUGGCGUUACAGAGAAUGGUACACCUGAAACUUCAGCACCAAAGUUAGGUUCCAGCUCUAGGAAUCAGACGCAAAGUGCGAUUGCAUAUGAAGAAAGAAACACAUUUAAUAGCUUUGAUGACCUGUUGUCGUCGCCUCCGAACUCUGAUGCAAGUGAUAUUGAGGAACCUACUCAACAAAAGAUUGUUAAAGAAGAAGAACUGAUCGAUGAGAAAAAAUGUGAUGUCGCAGUUAAAGAUGGUGAUAAAUCUGUGCAAGAUAAAAGCACAAGAGUAGAAAAUACCAAUCUUUCUAAAGACCAUAGCAGUCUUGUUAUUAAAAGAGAAGAACCUGCUAAUGAAAACAGAAAAAGAAAAUUGUCAAUUGAUGAUGAACUUUGCCAUAAAAAUGUUACAGGUAUGCAUGAGAAUAUAUUAAUGAAAGCCAUUAAAGAAGAACCUACAGAAGACUACCAGCUUCUUCGGAAAGCUUUCACAGAAAUCCAUUUUACAAAAAUUGCUGAUGAUAUUGGACCAGUAACUAUUUCGGAUAGAAUCACAUGGGUUGAUGGAUUCGUUGUCUUUACUAAGGAAGAUGGUAGAAAAAUAAUCGAUGGAUAUCCCGAAUAUACAUCUGAUGAGCUUGCCAAAUUAGCAAGUUAUGAAGUAAUAGAUAUUACUUCAUUCUUUCUUGAUUAUCCCGAUGAAAUUUUAAUCGAGAUCAAUUCUUCAUCACUAUUUCACUAUGCUACUACAAUUCAAAAAACAUUUGAGCCUUCAGUUAUAAAUUAUAAAAGAAGUUGCGGGCCAAAUCAUUCAACAUUCACUGUCAUUCCACUCAAAGACUUGGCUUCAAAUGAUAAAUUCCUGUAUUUUCAACCACUAGAUCCCAUAUGGGAGUUUUUUAAUGUCACUGUCGCUCCUGACAUGUCUUUUUAUCAAGAUAUGAACUUAUAUUCUUUAAAAUUUACAGAAAAAGACAUUGAGAUCUUAAGGGCAUACAAAGCAAUUGAAAACAAAAUGGUAACGAAGACCGUGUCUAUAUUUUCUACUUUCCAUUCUGUCGUCCAAAGUCAUGGUAACCUUUACGAGAGAUUAAUAGCUUUAAAACAACUUACCGCUCCAAUAAUUAUUAAAUACAGUUGUGCAAUUGCGCCGUUACUCUAUGUUCUUAAAGUACUCCCCAAGCUUUCAUUUGCAACUGAUAUUACUUCUCCGAACUUGGACCCUAUGCAAGAACCGGUAUGGGACUCAUUAGUACAUGAUUUAUUUCAAAAUAGCAAAUACUUUAAAUAUUGGCAGACAGCAUCCUGUAUUGCCGCUUUUGAUUGGAUUAAGACUACUCCAUCUCAACCGAGGGUCCACACUGUUAAACAGGUAAGUCAGAUGUUUGAAGCUAUGAAAGCAUUUGUACUAUACGCCUGUAGCUAUAGACAGAUACGUCUUAUCGCAUUGGGCGUGUCAUCAAAAAUUGAUUAUAUGUUUGCCGCUGCAGAUUCCCGAUCAUGGGUUUGGACUGUGGGUAUUUACAACCAACUUGAUUUAGAAUACCAAAGAGAAAAUAAUUUCAAUGGAAUUAGUUCUCCCUCUGAAAAAGUUUUGAUGUCUGGUUUGCUGUUGUCAAAUGUUUAUAUUUACCGCUUUUGUUCUGAUAUCAAACACCGAUUUGAUGCACAAUUGAAAUAUAUGGGAAAAUAUUUCGAUAACAUACUUUCACCUGACAUGGCAUGUAGUAAGUUGUAUUCUAGUAUACCAACCAAUGAUGGUACAAAUUUAUUAGAUAAUGAAACAAUACUAUCUGCAUUACAAAAUCAGUUAGCACUAAUACUACCGAACCCCAAGAGUAAUGUAAUGCUUAACUCUACCGACAUUAUAAGAACUAUUGUCGAUAUGAGUUUGUGUAUCAUGUGGUUAAUUCAUUUUUCAAUGGGGGGACUGAAUCAUUAUCCUGAUAUAGUCACCCUUAAAUAUGCUGGUUCUGGUUGUAAUAUCUUUAUUAAUAAAAUUGAUAAAUGCCUAGGCAUUACUUUAGAUUAUCCUAAUUCACAAUAUUCUAACCCGAAAAUCAAGGCUUUGGACAAAGAAACAUCAGAUUACCUUUUGUUUUACAUUACAAUUUUGAAGACAUUGAUGAUAACACAAUUACCAAAAGGCUUUCAUGGUAUUGAGAAAGAUAUAUUCGGCAAAAUGAAUCAAGAUGAUUAUCUAUUUGCAAAUACUUUGAACAAUUUGGGCUUUCAGGAUGAUGUAACACCAUCUGAAUAUUCAAAUAAUAUUUUACAGAGCUUCCUAUUCAUCAAUCCCCUAACAGGCUAUUUUAUAACUAAAAUAGAGUUUGAAACAGUCGCUAAUUUUUAUCCAUUAAAUGUUCGUAACUGUUUGCGACUAAAGCUUUGCGAUAUGAAACAUGGAUCGGUUGGUUUGAUUAAGAAUCUGAUAAAACUAUUACAAUCCAACCUCAAAACGAGAAAAAAAUUGGGAAUCUUGGAUUUUCCUUCUUUCCGAAAUGAUGAUAUUGAACGUUUAUAUUGGCUUGACAUUGAAAACUCCUCCUUUAUUGCAAAGAUAUGGCAAUUUUGGAAUAAGAACCCUUUUCUUGAAGAUAAUCAAGUAGCGACUCAAACUUCUAUGACAGCCAAUGACUUAAAAGAAGAGCUCGUCAUUGAAGGAGAUGGUUCGCGUGAUUUGUUAGUAGCAGGUACUACAUUAUACGGCGAUAACUUCGAAUAUCGUGAUGGACAACUUGAACUCCUGCUUGAACUCUAUCAUGGUGUAACGAAAUGUUCUCUAGUUCGAGCGUUGCCAGGCUAUGGAAAGACGGCUUUUUUCUGCCUUCCACUCCUUGCAUUGAAACAAAGCCAUCCUAGGAAAGUAGUUUCAUUUGUCUUUGUUCCCAACACAUUUUCACAACAUGAGAUGAGAGAACGUUUAGAAUCCCAAUUCUUUAAUGUGGGGCUGUUACAUAUCAUGUUGGAAAACGGUUUCAAUGUAGGUGAUUGUGAUCUAGAGUGUGAACUAUACAUUGGUACAUUUGAUGAUUUAAAAUCAAAUAAUUUCACCUAUCUAAUUAACAAUUGGCCAUCAAUUUGUCGUGGUAAGAUUUUGGGUAUGAUUAUUUUCGAUGAGUUUCCUACUCACAAUGAAGAGUUUGUAAAGAAAAUAGAUCUUCGAAAAAUCAAUUUUUCAGUUGCAUGGAAAGUUCUUGUGACCACAGGUACUUCAACUAAGGCGGAAAUUAUCAAGACCCUCCAAGAUGUUGGUUAUCAUCAAGAUGCAACGAGUUCAAUUGAGCCUAGUGAAAUCAGUCGCAAAGCAGCCUUUUAUGACUUAGUUUCAAUUCCGCCGUUGACAAAGGUAAUAAAGAAAUUUUUUAAAGAGAAAUAUUUGGGACAAAUACUAUUGUAUGUGCAAUGUAUAGUCAACCGAAUGACCGCAUACGAUGACCACUCCCAGAUAAUUAUAAUUUGUAAAGAUGAACUACAAUUUAGCCAUCUUGAUUAUAAGUGUUCAUUCAACAGCCCCCACUUUAUAAUGGAUCCCUCGGUGGAAUAUGCCUGGAAUAAAGGAUAUUCAUUUUUUUCUUCUCGUAAAUGUAGAACAUUGAUAAGCACUAAAGAACGAUUUCAAAGUAUCGAUGUUGAUACUAUCAAGUUGGUUAUUUUUGUAGAUGUUCUUCCUACCAUACAGGAAUAUAUUCAAAUUACAGGUAGACUAAGAGAUGGUGGUAUUUGUCUCACAUUUUGGACAGACGACAGUUCGAAGCAAGAUGACUCUAUCUUACCUUCGGUAUGUAUUGAAAAGCAAUUGGCAGCAUUUUAUGAUCUUCCAAUAACUGGUCAUUCUGGAUGUUGUAACGUCGAGGGGGAAGCAAUAUCAACUUCCAGCAGAGAAUUAUGGAAUUUUUUAAUAACUAAGAAUACAAUGCCCAACCGUAGUAUCAGAGACUGGCAAGAAUUGGAUGCCACAUCUUUUCAAUUAACCAGCUAUUCUGAUUCACCUAUUUUGGCCAUUACAUCUCUCAGAAUGGGGCUUGGUCAUGAUGAAACCCGAACUGACAUCAUUAUGAUAUCUGAUCGAUUCUUUGUUGUAAAUGGGUUCAUUGUUGAUACAUCUUGUAGAGUAACUGGUAAAGAUAUUAUUAGACCCAAAGAUUUUGUUCUUGAGAGAUGUAGUGAGUUCGAAAAAGCUUUGCUAAACAAACAAUACUUAUUUGAUGUUGAUAGUUUCCAAUUUGAAGACACUGCAGACAUAUUCCCCAUUGAUGCACCGGCAUUAUUUUUUCAAUGUACCACAUCAGUUGAGAGAUUCAUUUAUACUGAAUGCGGGUUUCUACAUUGGAAUCCUCAUGGAAAAUAUAAGCCCAAGAGAGGUGAGUUAGAAACUCAUCGAGUUAUCCCAGUCUCGCUUGGCGAUAUUACUAAGUACGUACGCUGGAAAAAUGAGCAUCUAGCUCAAAUUUGA